UUAGGUGCGCAUUUCGGAUACAAUUGGCGAGGAAGAGCCAUGACGAUGGACUUGGCCCAGGUGAGCCGCGAUGUGGAGGCCGUCACGAAGGCCGUCGGCCUGCUGCAUGAAGAGCUGCUACUGCUGCGCAAGAUCAUCUACAAGAACACGAGCCAGCACCGUAGAGCGCAGUACUUUCAGUACCUCGUCCAGGUCAAGCGUACGCAUCGCACGCUCAAGAAGGACGAGCUCCAAGCGCUUGUUGCCAAGAUCCAGAGCCUCUUGGCGACGCUGCAGGUCAAAGAAGGCUUGCACCACGUGGCGUGGAAGGUGCUCAACGGCGAGGUCAAGACAGACCUGGACGACGCAUUGCGGCAGCUGCAGGCCCACAUCCAGACGAUUGUGAGCGCGAUGGAGGCCGAGAAGAAGGCGUACCGCGCACUCGCAGCGCAGUUUGCCAUGACGUUCUUCAUUCCAUUCUGCGUCGUCGCCAACAGUCUCCUCGCGCGGCUCUACGUGCUGCAGCAAACGAUCUUGAUCCGCUUCAUCCAGGCGCACCACUGCCUCACGCUCGGAUACCUCGCCCAAGUAGCGCUCGCCAACCCACUGCGCGCUGGCACGACUGCGGUCCAGCUCUCGGGCUACGCUGUGCCCCGCCACGCGCUCACGUACUGCGACGCGCCCGGCCUGAGCUCCGAGGCCUAACUUAAUACGAAAUGAUUGCGCCGCUUGGCUUGCUCGAU